AUGGCCAGUUCAACUCAUGACGUCUUUGACAUCCGCAUUGCGAUGCUGGCCGGCAGAGUCGGAGCGGUUGCAAUAGGGCACGGCAUACCACUCAUUGUCAAUAAUACCUUCGGCAUGGUCGGCCGCUCGCUUAAUCCAUCACGUCUGCUGCUGACAUUGUGGGUCAUUCAGCGACCAAGUGGAUUCGUGACCAUGGCAUCAGCGUGGACGGUGAGGCCAUUCAUGGGGGCCACAUUGACUGAGGUGGCUGCAGCUCCAUAUUCUGGACAAAUCGGCGGGCUCUUUUUCCUCGGGUUCCUGGUGGGCUUGCUGAGCCUUCUGCUCGCUGAUAUCAUUGGCAUUCAGGGCGGCAAUGUUGACUAA